AUCUUCGGAUCCCUGCAAGGUGAGAGGAGUGUACUGAGAGCUGACGUUUUCAAUGGGAGAUGGAUGAAAACUAUUUCAAAUGUAGUUAAACCUAUUUCAACGCAAAACUUUAAAUCUCAGAACGUCGCUGAUGACUGAUGAGUCCACUCAGUUUUCAGCACAAAGGUGGACAUUGGACGAUAUAUGAGAACGUAAAUAAGAAUGAUGUGAAAUGUUACUGAAUUGGUACUCCACAUUGCCUGACUACUUCCAACAAACAAAUUAAGAGGAAGAAAAAAAAAACUACGAAAAUUAAGCGAUCCUGAUCACGCAUGUGCCCCUAGAAAGUGAUUCUAUAAAAAUAGCAUGUUAAACCGAAAUGAAUAAGUGUCUGUUUGGCCAAUGAUGUGCAACACAUUUGAACUCUGAAUUUCAGGCUCGGAAUCAUGAAGGUGCUGUUGGUGUUGGCUCUGGCUCAGCUGGCCGUCGGCUUUGAGCUGACCGACCCCGAGUGGGUCGCCUUCAAGAGCGCCCAUGGCAAGACGUACUCGCACCCUAGCGAGGAGGCCGUCCGCCUGGCCAUCUUCAAGGACAACCAGCGCCUGAUCGCCGAGCACAACGCCGGCAACCACUCCUUCAAGCUGGGCGUCAACAAGUUCGCCGACCUCACCAACGCCGAGUACCGCCAGCUGCUCGGAUACAAGACGGCCGCUGAGCGUGGCGUCCGCAUGUCCCGCAAGCACAUCUCGAACGGCGUCAGCGCCGCCACUAAGGACUGGCGUGACGCCGGCGCCGUCACCGCCGUCAAGGACCAGGGCCAGUGCGGCUCGUGCUGGGCGUUCUCCACCACCGGUGCCAUGGAGGGCAUGUGGGCCCUCGCUGGAAACCCCCUCGUCUCGCUCAGCGAGCAGCAGCUCAUGGACUGCUCCCUGAUGUACGGCAACCUGGGCUGCGGCGGUGGCCUCCAGUCGAGCUCCUACAACUACCUGAUGGACCACGGCGGCCUCAUGUCCGAGGCCAGCUACCCGUACGAGGAGGCGUCCCACUUCAACUGCCGCUUCGACUCGUCUCAGAUCGCGGCCACCAUGUCCUCCUGGGUGGAGAUCAGCAAGCACGACGAGGGCGACAUGGAGAACGCCGUCAGCAACGUCGGACCCGUCUCGAUCGGCAUCGACGCCUCGCACUUCUCGUUCCAGCUGUACUCGAGCGGCGUGUACGACGAGCCCAACUGCAGCAGCCGAAACCUGGACCACGGCGUGCUGGCCGUCGGCUACGGCACUGAGAACGGCCAGGACUACUGGAUCGUCAAGAACUCUUGGGGCACCAGCUGGGGCAUGGACGGCUACAUCAAGAUGACCAAGGGCAGCAACCAGUGCGGCGUGGCCACCGACUCCAACUACCCUGUCCUGUAAGCUCGCUUCAGCAAGGUGCAGAUCAUCGGUGAACUGUGUUGAGGGAUCAAAAUACACAAACCACGAUGAGA